AUGGCCAACAAGAGAAUCGUUACCGAGCUCGGUCAAGUGUCGAACAAUCCCGUGCCUGGCACUCAGGUCCAGCUCGCCGAAGAAGGCAAUGUCUUUCUCUGGGAGGUCAUCAUGCAAGGUCCUGAGGACUCUGUCUACGCCAAUGGCAAAUUCAACAUCUCAGUCUCGCUGCCCAAGGAAUACCCCUUCAAGCCCCCCACCGUCUCUUUCAAGACCAAGAUCUACCACCCAAACGUCAGCAACGACGACAAAGGCACCAUGUGCCUGGGCAUGCUCCGUUCCGACGAGUGGAAGCCUCCAAACAAGAUUCGCGACGUCUUGAUGCUCGUUCGUCAAAUCCUCGCUGCGCCCCAACCUGAUGAUGCCGUCGAAAGUAGAAUUGCCGACGAGUACAAGAACAACCGCGAAGUCUUUGAGAAGAACGCAAAGGAAUUCGUCGCAAAGUACUGCAAGUAG